AUCCGAAUCUCAGCCUCCAUCACUCCACUCACCUCACCUCAGAGUCAGAAGCUUAUCUGAAUGUGAAUGUAAACUUUGCAAUGCCGGAGCUAGGGUUUCAGGAUCAGAGGUCGAUGAGAUCAGGUUUCAGAGCACGUGACGCUAGUCCUGACUCCGUCAUUUUUACUCUUGAAUCCAAUUUUAGUUUAUUUUCUUCUGCUUCAGCUAGUGUUGACCGCUGCUCUUUUGCAUCUGAUGCUCACGAUCACGACUCUCUCGCCUCUGAAAUCUCCCUGCACUGGGCAGGACAUGAUCGUGAACAGCAAGAGAGUUCAAGUGGUGGUCCAGAUCGAGAUCCAGAUCCAAACAAACCAGCGACACACUACAAUAAGCAGAGUCGUCUCACUAGAAAAGCCGAAAAAGUGAAAGUUCAUAAAGACGACAGCUAUGCUACUAUAGAAGACGAUAAUAGACCCUUAGAUUCAGCCAGAAAUUCCUUCUCUCAAUCUCUCAAAGACUGUCAGGAGAGGAGAUCCAGAGCUGAAGCUCUAUCAAAGAAACUGGACAGGAGAAGACCUGCUUCGUUAGAUCUAAAUAAUGCUACCAUUUCUUCUCCACGCUUGGGUGCUAUGAAAAAAAGCUCAAAUUUGGCACGCAAAUCCGGUACAUUUCCUAGCCCAGGAACUCCGAAUUAUAGGCACACAAGUGUUGGAAUGCAGAAAGGUUGGAGCUCAGAGCGAGUGCCACUGCAUACAAGUGGGAAUAGAAGGCAAGUGAAUGCUGCAUUGUUUCCUUUCAAUAAUGGAAGGACAUUGCCUUCAAAAUGGGAAGAUGCUGAGAGGUGGAUACUUAGUCCUGUUGCCGGUGAUGGUGUUGUUAGACAAUCAUAUGUGCCUCCCCAAAGGCGGCCUAAAUCGAAGAGUGGCCCCCUUGGCCCUCCUGGAGUUGCAUAUUAUUCAUUGUAUUCACCUGCAAUACCGAUGUUUGAUGGGGCACCUAUAGGGAACUUAAUGGUGGGUUCUCCAUUUUCAGCUGGUGUAUUAGCAGCUGAUGGCUUGGCAGUUCAUUCUGGUGGACAUGGUGGAGCCUUUCCUGUAAGGAUGGAUCCUUGCAUGGCUCGCUCGGCUAGUGUGCAUGGGUGCUCUGAGGUGCUGAACCCACCAUCCUUGCCCUCACAAGAGGAAAAGAUUGAUGAGGUCAAGGAUGCUGCCACUGAUAUUUCUCGUACUAUAUCAAGAAGGGACAUGGCAACUCAGAUGAGUCCUGAUGGUAGCACUCACUCAUCACCCAAAAGGCAGCCUUUCUCCUCUGCUGCGACUGCCUUACCAAUUUUAGAACUCCAGAGUGUUCAUUCCUCGAAAUCAGAAGUAAGGGAUGUGCAGGUGGAUGAAAGGGUCACAGUGACAAGGUGGUCCAAGAAAAAUCGAGCUCGGAUCUCUGGGAAGACCUCAGAAAUUGUUGAUGACUGGAGAAAGAAAUAUGUGGAUGCUCAAACACCAGCUUGGGAUAUUACAGAGUCUGCGAAGAGCAUUUCAAAGACAAAAAGAGAGGAGCUCAGAAUCACAGCAUGGGAGAAUCUGCAGAAAGCAAAAGCUGAGGCAGCAAUUAGGAAACUAGAGAUGAAGCUGGAAAAAAAGCGGUCUUCAUCCAUGGAUAAGAUCAUGAACAAGUUGAGAUCUGCUCAAAAGAGAGCUCAAGAAAUGAGAAGCUCGGUGUUAGCCAACCAGGACCGUCGAGUUGCUAGGAGUACCCAUAAGGACGUAACAUUCCGUCGAAACAGCCAUAUGGGUUCCUUGAGUGGUUGCUUUACCUGUCACGCUUUCUAAUAUCAUCAAUCCAUCUGGUUCUCCACUUUAACUACGAUAAUUGUGAGGUAGAAGGAGUGAUAACUGGAGUUAGCAGAAAAUUAAUAGCGUAACAGAGAUGGCAAGUGACCCAACUACUACAUUGGGACCAAUUUGGCAUGGAUGCAACAGUUUCUUAUAAGCUGCAACUUCUUAGUUGCACAUUCAAUGUGUCUGAAGAAAAGAAUAGACAAAUAAAUCAUAAAUGUGUAUGUAUGUAUGUAUGUAUGUAUAUCAGCUUCCGAAAUAUUCUACUUUGUUAAA